AGGUUCACCAGAUCGAGAUGGAAUUCAGCCCAGCCCACAUGAACCACCCUACAAUAACAAAGCAGAGUGUGCGCGUGAAGGAGGAAAAAAAGUUUCGAAGAAAAGCAAUGGGGCACCGAAUGGAUUUUAUGCAGAAAUUGAUUGGGAAAGAUAUAACUCACCCGAACUGGAUGAAGAAGGCUACAGCAUCAGACCAGAGGAACCCGGCUCUACCAAAGGAAAACACUUUUAUUCCUCAAGUGAAUCAGAAGAGGAAGAAGAAUCACACAAGAAAUUCAAUAUCAAGAUUAAACCUUUGCAAUCUAAAGAUAUUCUUAAGAAUGCUGCAACUGUAGAUGAGCUGAAGGCAUCAAUAGGCAACAUCGCACUGUCCCCAUCACCAGUGAGGAAAAGUCCGAGGCGCAGCCCGGGUGCAAUUAAAAGGAACUUAUCCAGUGAAGAAGUGGCAAGACCCAGGCGUUCCACCCCAACUCCUGAAUUUAUAAGCAAAAAGCCUCCAGAUGACACUGUGGCCCUUGCUCCCCUCUUUGGCCCACCAUUAGAAUCAGCUUUCGAUGAACAGAAGACAGAAGUCCUUUUAGAUCAGCCUGAGAUAUGGGGUUCAGGCCAACCAAUUAAUCCAAGCGUGGAGUCGCCAAAGUUAACAAGGCCUUUUCCCACUGGAACACCUCCACCACUGCCUCCAAAAAAUGUACCAGCCACUCCCCCUCGAACAGGCUCCCCCUUAACGGUUGCACCAGGAAAUGACCAGUCAGCCACAGAGGCCAAAAUUGAAAAACUACCAUCCAUCAAUGACUUGGACAGCAUUUUUGGCCCAGUGCUGUCCCCCAAGUCUGUUGCCAUUAACACUGAAGAAAAGUGGGUCCAUUUUUCUGAUACGUCCCCGGAACAUGUUACUCCAGAGUUGACUCCAAGGGAAAAGGUGGUGUCCCCACCAACUGCAUCAGACAACCCAGCUGACUCCCCAGCUCCGGGUCCCCCAGGCCUCUCGGGUCCCCCAGGGCCUCCUGGUCCUCCUCGAAAUGUACCGUCUCCACUCAAUUUAGAAGAAGUCCAGAAGAAAGUCGCUGAGCAGACCUUCAUUAAAGAUGAUUACUUAGAAACAAUCUCAUCUCCAAAAGAUUUUGGGUUGGGACAGAGAGCAACUCCACCUCCCCCACCACCACCCACCUACAGGACUGUGGUUUCAUCCCCUGGACCUGGCUCGGGCAGUGGUACAGGGACCACCAGUGGUGCAUCAUCUCCUGCUCGACCAGCCACUCCCUUGGUUCCUUGCAGCAGCUCUACUCCACCUCCACCUCCUCCCCGGCCUCCAUCACGGCCAAAGCUACCUCCAGGAAAGCCUGGAGUCGGAGAUGUGUCCAGGCCCUUUAGCCCACCCACACACUCUUCCAGCCCUCCUCCGAUAGCACCCUUAGCCCGGGCUGAAAGCACUUCUUCAAUAUCAUCAACCAAUUCCCUGAGUGCAGCCACCACUCCCACAGUUGAGAAUGAACAGCCUUCCCUCGUUUGGUUUGACAGAGGAAAGUUUUAUUUGACUUUUGAAGGUUCUUCCAGGGGACCCAGCCCCCUAACCAUGGGAGCCCAAGACACCCUCCCUGUUGCAGCAGCGUUCACAGAAACGGUCAAUGCCUACUUCAAAGGAGCAGAUCCAAGCAAAUGCAUCGUUAAGAUUACCGGAGAAAUGGUGUUAUCCUUUCCUGCUGGCAUCACCAGACACUUUGCCAACAACCCAUCCCCAGCUGCUCUGACUUUCCGGGUGAUAAAUUUCAGCAGGUUAGAACACGUCCUGCCAAAUCCCCAACUACUUUGCUGUGAUAAUACACAAAGUGAUGCCAAUACUAGGGAAUUCUGGGUAAACAUGCCCAAUCUGAUGACUCACCUAAAGAAAGUGUCUGAACAAAAACCCCAAGCUACAUAUUACAAUGUGGACAUGCUCAAGUACCAGGUGUCUGCCCAGGGCAUUCAGUCCACACCUCUGAACCUGGCAGUGAACUGGCGAUGUGAGCCUGCAAGCACUGACCUGCGCGUAGACUACAAGUACAACACAGACGCAAUGACCACUGCUGUGGCUCUCAACAACGUACAGUUCCUGGUUCCCAUAGAUGGAGGAGUAACUAAGCUCCAGGCUGUGCUCCCCCCAGCAGUCUGGAAUGCUGAACAACAAAGGAUAUUGUGGAAGAUUCCUGACAUAUCUCAGAAGUCAGAAAAUGGAGGUGUGGGUUCUUUAUUGGCAAGAUUUCAGUUAUCUGAAGGCCCAAGCAAACCUUCCCCAUUGGUUGUCCAAUUCACAAGUGAAGGAAGCACUCUUUCUGGCUGUGACAUUGAACUUGUUGGAGCAGGGUAUCGAUUUUCACUCAUCAAGAAAAGGUUUGCUGCAGGAAAAUACUUGGCAGAUAACUAAUAAAAUCUUAUGCAAGGACUUGGAAGAUUCAUAUAAUGGAGAACUGUUAAUGAGAAAUAGGUUUUAAUUCUGGUCUGAUGAAAACAAACCAAUAACUGUACUUGGGAUAGAUCAGCUGGAAAGUCAUUGGUUUUUCCACCAUGAUUUCCCUCCCAUAGUACCAUGGUGACCAGUCCUACAGUAUUUACUUCUAGGUGUAAUAUUGUUAAUGGUUUUAAAAUGUAAUUAUUGUAUUUGUAAAUUGUACUUUCAUUCCAGUAAGGCAGUUAGACACUUGAGUUUUAGUAUUUUACCGUUCCUGAAACAGAUGUAAUUUAAAUUGUGGUAUGUAAAUUUAAUAGUAGUACUGUUGAAUGGCACAAUGCUUACAGAGGUAGAUUGCAUUUUGUCAAUAUAUAAAAUUUAAAUAUAAUAUUGAUAGCUGUCACAAAGGGGGUGCCACAUAUAAGAAAUUUAAAUGGAGCCAGAAGGAAAAAAACUUACUUUUCUUCAGUUCUCAGUAUGUUUUACUCUAGUGCUAAAUAAAAAUUCUAUCUUCAGAUGUUUAGUGGGUUAAAUUCAGAAACUAUUUCAAAAAAAAUUCUAAGGCUAAAGCAUAUUCACAGAAAUGCAUUACUUACCACUUUUUAAAAAGCUUUUUUUUCAAACUGCAAAUUUCAUAAAAAUGCAAACUGUGUAAACAGGGCCUCUUAUUUUUAUAACUUGUGUAAAAAGGGAAAGGAAUUCAUAUUUAAAGUUUAAGUAUAUUAAAUUAUAAUCAAGAGUAAAGAAGAUGUUGAAAUCUUAACUAGUUUCCCUUUUCUCUACAGUUUAGCAAGUGUAGAGGACUGCUGAAUAAUUAAUCACACAAAAACCAAAAUUGUGAUUUUAAGGUUUCAAGAAUUUCCAUAGUCAAACCGAUCAAUAACUUUUGCACAAUUACUCUGAAUAGAUGGUCUCUGUUGUCCAUCUUGGAGGAAUGAUACGUGACUUCCUCUUUACCCACAGGAAUCAAAACAUUGGGAAUAAAAAUCUUAGGCAAAAAAAAACCUUUUUUGGUUCUCUGUUUAGAUCCAAAGGAAGAAUUCUAAUUGUUAUCAUUUAUGUCAUUUGGGAAGGAAGAAGUAAACUUUAUAAAUGAAAUUCUAUUCACAUUAUUGUGCAAUACAUUUUCUUUUGGUUGACUAAGAUUCAUUGUAUAAAACUGUGAAUCAUUGCCCUUCUUUGGGAAUCAAGAGUCAUCAAAGUCACUUCACUGUUGCAAGGUACAAUAAACGCUACAAUUCCCUGACCUGUAUCCAUGUCAUGGGAAUUCAGAGAACUUCGUUAGCAGUCCCAGUUGUAAAACCUUCCCACACUAAAAUCUAAAAAUAUUUGUCUUCCUCUAGGUCAUAGAACUUAUUUUAAAUAUAAACCAAUUCCUAUUUUAGGUUAUAUUAUCAAAUAACUAGAAUUAAGUCAUUAUGUGUAUCAAUUGCUAAAUUUCAUUUUAGUCACUCAAAUUUAACAAAGAAUCUUCAACCCCCUUAAAUUUUAGAAUCAAAUUAAAUUUUUUAAAUCUUACUUUUAAAAUGUGAUUGUGACUGGGAAUUGUUUAUAGUGGAACUUUUUAAAUUCAUAUUUGUACUCUUUGAUCAAUGCUUGCUACCAAGAAAAUAUUCAAAAUUAUCUGCUUUGCCUUGCAGACAUCUUACUGUUCCAACACUCUCUCAAUCAGUUCCCCAAAGCAGCCUGAAGUUUUUUUGAACAAACUAAGUAAUAUACUCAUUUUAAGUAAAGGUAUUCAAUUUGGUUUUGAAAUCAAAAUAAGAAAAAAAAGAAACAUUUUAAAUCCCAUGAAAUAUUGGGAAAUUUAGAACACUAAAAACCAAUGGCAAGUAAGCAGCAGAAAAUUAAGAAUCGUCCAGCAUAUGAACACAAAAAUCUUUUUAAUUAAUUCAUGGAAAAACAUACUGACUAUUAACACAAAGCAUAUUAAAAUGUGUAAAUAUUA